GCAGCCAGGGUUAAUUGGUGUUAAAAAACGCUUGACCGUUUCAAUUCCGGAAACUCAAAGAAUGUGUACAGCCUUGUUAGUGGUGACGAAUCGUGGAUUUACUGUUAUGAAACAGAAAAUAAACGACAGUCGGCUGUUUGGGUGUUCCAAGGUGAAGAAAAGCCAACAAAAGUCAUCCGUUCUCGAAGUGUUUCGAAAAAGACAUUUGUGUCAAAAGCGGGUCAUAUUGCAACAAUUCCUCUUAAUGAGCAAAUAA